GUCAUUUUUCAGGUUGAGGUUGACAAGACAACUAUACUCUGUCCAAGUUCCAAGCCAACACCAACACCAACACCGUAUUGAAUAUUGAGUAUUUUUGUAUCUAGUCUUAUUAGAAUAGCCGGUAUUCAUGAAAAAAGAAUUAUUUAGACGACACGAACAUAAACAGUAUAUAUAAUAUGUCGAACUAUUACUCUUUCUAACUAGUUGAAAUCGUAUUGUUUACGUGUGCAUCUCGCCCUAUAGAAAGUUGUUUGCUGGGAAUUAUUUAAGUUAAAAUGUUUACUAUUCAUGAAGGUGAAGUAAUUUAUAAAGAAAUAUACGGUUCUCUUAAUAAACAAAGAUUCUACGUGAAACCGCCAGAGCAAUCAAAUGUUGUGGUACUCGACGAGGAAAAGUCUAAUGAAUUUGCUAAUUUAUUUACAAGAGUGUUUCUACCUCAGGGUUAUCCAUAUAGUGUAAGCAAAGAUUAUACAAACUAUCAAAUAUGGGAUACAGCACAAGCUUUCUGCAGCACAAUCACUGGGAUUCUGGCAACCCAGGAAGUUCUGCGAGGUGUAGGAGUCGGCGACACAUCUGCAACUCCAUUAGCAGCCACUAUAACUUGGGUUCUGAAAGAUGGAUGCGGACAUUUGGGGAAGAUUUAUUUUGCUUACAGUCAUGGCACUCACCUGGAUGCUUAUAGCAAAAAGUGGCGAUUGUAUGCAGAUGUGCUAAAUGAUGCAGCAAUGUGCAUAGAAAUAGCUUUACCAGUGUUCAAGAACUACACCACAACAGUCCUAUGUGUUAGCACCGUAAUGAAAGCCAUUGUAGGAGUUGCUGGAGGUGCAACCAGAGCAGCCAUGACACAACAUCAUGCUAUUAGGAGCAAUCUAGCAGAUGUCUCCGCCAAAGAUUCUGCUCAAGAAACAGCUGUUAAUCUGAUUGCCUCCCUUACAGCUUUGACGAUCAUUACAAUCUUUGGGAGUUCACUUAUGGUAUUCAUAAUUAUGAUGGUAUUCCAUAUCAUCUUCAACUACAUGGCUGUAAGAUCAGUCUGCUUGAGGACCUUGAAUGAACCAAGAUUUUUGCAAAUAAUUGACACUUAUUUGGGGGAAGAAAUUGUUGCAAAGCCUUGUACUGUGAACAGAAAUGAACCAGUUGUAUUCUUACCAAUUGGCCCGAACAGUUUAGAAAGACAAUUAUGCGGUUUCCAAAUCAAAAUAGGUCAUUCUAUGAAGAAACUUGUGAGUAACAAUCCAAAAGCUUAUUUUAUGAUCAAUGUUAAAGGAGUUUAUAAAUACAAUGAAUACGUCUUAGUACAUUGUUUGGAAACAAGAAAAAUAUACAUAUAUCCGAGAGACUCUGCCACAUCCGACAGCAUAUUGUGCGCUUACUUUCAUGCAGUGUUGUAUGGCAUUGUGAUUUGUGCGAUAAAUGAUAUUCCUUUGAAUGUUUACAAAAACCCCGAAAAUCUUCUAAAACCUUUUCCACUUAUUUGUGAGACCUUACAACAGGCUGAUUGGUCAAAAGUUGCCGUAGAAUCUCCACCCCCAUACAGCAAAUUUAAUUACGAACCUUCAUUUGAACUUAUGGAGUAUCUUAAUAGGAUCGUACAAAAAGAAUGGGUCAAAUUAAGAGUAGGACUUCAAAAAGUUGGAUGGGACUUAAACAAAAAUCUUCUUAUCGUGGAUGAAUGGCGCAUUUGCACUGCAAAACUGGUUGCCACACAAAUCUCUAUAGGAGACAAAAUCAUACCAGAAGUUUUAACUCAUACUGCUUCUAAUAUUAGGACAUUUCAUGAACAUGAGAAUGCCACUGGUGAGCAUGGUAAGCUUAAGACUUAUACAAUUGAACCUGACUUAGAAAAUUCAGAAUUAAACAUAAUUAGCAACCGAGCAACACGAGAGCAAGGAACAAUGACCACUAAAUAGUAUAAUGAGCGGGUUUGGAGUAUAAACUGAGUGUAGUGCGUGUUUACAUAAACACUAUAUGCAAUAAAAAAGUAAUUUUAGUAAAUAAAUUUAGUACAAUUUAGAGUCAAUUCACACUAAGGUGGCAAAACAGUAAAACUCCCACCUGAAUUUGUAAGCAAUAUUAGGUAUAGAAGUAGUAACUGAUGCCAUACUAUGCGAACUGUGGCUAUCCUAGUCAUGCUAUAUGAAUUUUAAUAGCAGUUUGCCCGAAUACUUAAUUUAAUGCGCACAGUACUGUAUCUAUAUGUCCAUUUCAGUAUACUAUUAAAUGUCAAAUGUAGACAUUAUUUUUGAUAACGUUUUAUCAAUUUAUGGUGUUAUGUGAUAGAAGAAAAAUUGUUUUAUAGUUUACAACACCAUAUUUAUUUAUGACUUUAUUUUACUAUGUUAUACAUUUUUAAAUAAAUCAGACAAUAUUAUACCAGGGAGAUAUUUUCUGUUGCAGAAAAAUACUUUGUAAGUAGGACUUGUAACAGUGAAUUAGAUGGUUUAUAAUAAAUAUUAUAUUGCUAGAUCAUAUUAGAAUAGAUGGAUAGUAUAAAUAAUCAUUAUUUUAAUGGCAUUAUUUUUGUUUACACAAAUAGGACAAUGCAGGCAAUUAUUUACAUUCCUAUUUAUAUUCUUAUGACGUUUGUUAAAUUGAAUAUUCAAUGGAUUAACGAAAAUUAAUAUAAUUUUAUAUACAUGCAUAGUGUAUGAGAGUGCAAAAUAAAUUUAAUAUAAAAUGGGUGUA